AGUGAAUAUACCUGUCUCUUUACUACAGUCCAGAGUAGAGAGAGGGUGAGGGUCCCAUACUCCAGUACUGGUACACUGAGUAGUGUACACAUCAGUGGGACCAUCUCUACACUGAUAGGUAGCAGUACUGCCCUCUUCAGUGGAGCUCAUGUUGACUAUCAUGGUAUCCGUAGAAUUAAGUGUUGGACAGUCAACUAUAAAGUGCAAAUAAGGACAACACUAUUAGAACUAAAACUUACUUGGCAGAAUUAUCUUAAUAUCGACAGUGGAGAUCAUAGUAGC